AUGGCGGAUCCGGGCUCGGGCGAGGCGCAAGGCGAGGCGAGUUUGAAGGAGCGCGGCAACGCGGAGUUCAAGGCGAGGAACUUCCUCAAGGCGGCGGCGCUCUACACGCAGGCCAUCAAGGAGGCGCCCGACAACCACGCGCUAUACAGCAAUCGGUCGGCGGCGUUCCUGCAGCUGUCGAAGCUCACCAAGGCGCUGGCGGACGCGGAGGCCGCCAUCCGCCUCAACCCCGCGUGGGAGAAGGGCUACUACCGCAAGGGCUGUGCGUUGGAGGCAAUGAAGCGCUACGACGAGGCGUUGGAGGCGUUCAGGGAGGCGGCGGAGAGGAGCCCCGGCAGUGCGGAGACGGCGGGCAAGCUGCGGCUGCUGUCCAAGCUGGCGCGGGACCACAAGCGAUCGCACCCCUCCUCGUGA